AUGACUAGAACCUCCGUACUAGCAGAUGCCCUUAACUCCAUCAACAAUGCCGAGAAGACCGGUAAGCGUCAAGUUUUGAUCAGACCUUCUUCCAAAGUUAUUGUCAAAUUUUUGACCGUUAUGCAAAGUCACGGUUACAUUGGCGAAUUUGAAUUCAUUGAUGACCAUAGGGCUGGUAAGAUUGUUAUUCAGCUGAAUGGUAGAUUGAACAAAUGCGGUGUCAUUUCUCCUAGAUUCAACGUCAAGAUUGGAGACAUUGAGAGAUGGACCGACAACUUAUUGCCAGCAAGACAGUUUGGUUACGUGAUCCUUACCACUUCUGCCGGUAUUAUGGAUCAUGAAGAGGCUAGAAAGAAGCAUGUUUCUGGUAAGAUUUUAGGAUUCGUUUACUAG